AUGGCUACAAUACUGACAUAUUUAUCUUAUGAAGUCGAAGAAUACAAGACAGAGCGGCCACAGAAAGAGGAAUCAGCGAGUGCCUACGAAGACAAGAACGAUCGCAUCCUAAAUCUCAAACUGGAACGCAAUGAGACCCAUAUGGAGCAUUUACUACGCAAGUGGUUUGAUGAAGGAGAAGAUUGGUGCCAACAUAUAUUAGAAAAUCGCGUUGACCCGCUCAACAAAUGGUUCCAUGAGACACACCCAUUACACUUCUCUGAGCCAAUAUCAACACACUGGUAUCACGAGGCUCACCUAAACGCGUCAGACGUCCGCUCAUCCGCCUUUUUCUCGCAAAAGUUUUCCCCGCACAAGCGUGAUCGUCUUCAGAUCAUUGUUAAGUUGACUGAAAUUCAUCUUACUCCCGAGAAUCCAAAAUACCUGUGUGACUCAUGGAAAACGGAUGGCCUUCUCAACGAACAUAUUGUGUCUACAGCUCUUUUCUGUUACGACAGCGACAAUGUCACGGAUGGUUAUAUGUAUUUCAAUACUGUGAUUGACCGACCGGAUUUAGAGCGCAUGCGACGCGUCGACAAAUUUGAUGCUGAGCGAGCAUACGCCUUCAAGCCAGCAGAAGGAGAGUUCCAGACUAUAGGUCGUGUUCUUAUCAAUACUACUAUGGCCGUCUUCUAUCCCAACAUCUACAGACACCACCAGGGAUCUUUUUCGCUCGUCGACCGCUCUCGGCCAGGUCAUCGCAAGAUACUCGUGUUGCAUCUUGUUGAUCCAGCCAUCCCCAUAAUAUCGACAUCCAACGUACCGCCACAGCAAUUCCACUGGUGGACCGAAUGCAAAGCUCAUAAUGAGGGAUUACAGAUUAUUGAAAGGUUACCGCCGGAGCUGCAGGUAAUGGUGAGCAAUUAUGUGGAUUUCCCGAUCGACAGUGAGAAGGCGAAGGAAAUUCGAAAUGCUCAUCGGGUUAAUAGGGUAAGGCUAGAGUAUCCUAUAGUAUAUGAGGAUCAAGAUGAUGAGGACUAA